UGGACACGUGCUUAUUGGAACGUUUCUGUUAUCCUGUACUUCUACGCCUAUCAAUUUUUGUUUUUAAGACACACCCAGUAUAAUACGAAGUGUGCUGUCCUGCGGAUGAAUAAAGCAAUCAGUCAUGUUCAAGGUUUCAUCGAUAGCGGUCACGGAAAUGGUCUUACUUUGUUGUCCUUUAUGAUCAUACUUUAUAUUGUUCUGUAUUUCAUAUGGAAUGUAAACUAAACAGAUGUUCAGAGUCUACGGCGGAUAAUCAAAAUUUUAUCCCCAAUGUAUUUGAGAUGAUGUUGCACUUGAAAAGAAAGAAUGACACAUCUUUGACCGAGGAGCUUUGUGACGAAAACUGGUGUUUUGCUGUUGUGGCGUGGAAGUUUAAAUAAAUGCUGAAAAAAUUAUAUAUACACACACACGUUUUGUCGCACUGAUUAUAGUUUUAUUUUGCAUCUUAUAAGUUCGCGUGCGGAUCGUUUCUGACUGACCCUUAGUGUUUUAUGUUUUGGAUAUAUUACUCUGAGGAAAUGUUCUCUACAAACAUUGUUGACAUUUGGCGGUCACUGUCAUUAGAUCAUUUAAAACAUUUAUCAUGCCAUUUAGACGGAGUAAAGCGUAAAUUGGUUGCCAUAAGAUCAUCCCAAAUCCUAAGGCCCAUUAUGUUGCCCGUGAGUUAAUUUUCUGUAGUGAGGCCUCUACAUGCCCAAGUAUCUGAAACGUUACCAAGCAGCAGCAGUGUGAACUCUUUUCAAGUGGACUUUUGUGUCAGGAAUAUAAAAACAACCAUGAAAAGUGCACGAGGUCUUUCAAGAAUAUAUAAGGUGUAUAAUGAUUUACUCACAAAACAUCCUGUCAAAGUUCAGUCAAUACAGACAGCAAUACUCUGUGGCACUGGAGACAUAAUUGCGCAGACUGCUAUUGAAAAGAAGAAGCUCAGCGAAUUUGAUGUAAAAAGAUUUGCUUCAUUUUUUGCAUUUGGAGGAAUCUUUGUUGGUCCCACAUUACGAAUGUGGUUUGGACUUCUUGAUACAAAAGUGAAAGGAAGUCAUUAUGCUGUUGUGGCUCAAAAAGUUUUAUUGGACCAGUGUAUAAUGGCACCUUUCCUUUUAUUGCUGACCCUUUCUGUCCUUAACAUAUGUUCAGGGAAAAGUUUAGCUGAAGUUAAAGAAAAGUUGGGAGCUGAUUAUGGGAGUAUUUUGAUAACAAACUAUAAAGUAUGGCCUGCUGUCCAGCUUAUAAACUUUGGCUUCGUUCCUGUGAACUUCCAGGUACCUGUCACACAAGUUGUGGGUGUUGGUUGGAACACUUACCUUUCCUGGAAGGCUCAUCGACCACCACAAAAGCCUGCUGUAGAGUGAGGUUUUCCAGGUACAUCGCCAUCCACCCCACGUGCGGGUUUCGCCGCCACUUUGCCGUCUGCAGAGACUCGCUCUCCCACAUUCAACCUGUGCUGCAAUGUGCCACCACACUGUGUGGACGAUGUGUCGAUCGUCACCUUCGAUGACCGUGUGCUCAUGCUCUUAACAGACUCUGUGGACUCGCCAUCCAAUGGGCAGUUAAAUGUCAGUGUGGUGCAUAGCCUGUCACUCCCCCAUGAGUGCAACCAGUCAGAAAUCCACGCGUUCAUCUCGUCGGAUGGCUCGAUCUUCAUAUGGGGCACACACGCCUGCACCACGCUGCAGGC